AGGUGGGGAGGUGGCGCCAGCGGGGACGGCCGGGCCUGGAGGGGCGGGGCCUGGCUCAGCUCCCAGUUCCCGAGGCUCGGCUGAGAAGCCGGGCGGCAGCAGGACUGCUUCUCCCGAGCCGCCGAGCUGGAGCUGGAGCUGGAACUCCGCGGGGCCGGGGCCCCGGGUGCCGGGCAGCGGCUCCUCCAGGCCGAGGCCGCGGCGGAGAAUGAGGCGGUGGCGGGUUCCCGGCGGAGCCGCCGGGCGGGAAGCAUGCUGCGCUGGUUCAUCACCGUGAUCCUGUGUGCUGCCUUCCUGGGUCUGGGAAUGAGUGUUGCUAUACUGGGACCCACAUUUCAAGAUCUGGCAACAAAUGUGAACCGCAACAUUAGCAGUCUUUCUCUGAUUUUUGUGGGCCGUGCCUUUGGCUAUUUGAGUGGCUCUGUGAUUGGCGGAGUUCUUCUUGACGCCAUGAAUCAUUUUCUACUCUUGGGGGUGUCAAUGUUGGCCACGACAGUUGGUCUCUAUCUUGUUCCAUUCUGUAAGACAGCGGGAUUACUGAUUGUCAUGAUGUCCAUCUUUGGUGUUUCAAUUGGCAUUCUGGAUACAGGUGGUAACGUCCUAAUCUUGGCCAUAUGGGGGGACAGAGGAGCCCCACAUAUGCAGGCCUUACACUUCAGUUUUGCCUUGGGUGCCUUCUUGGCUCCACUACUGGCUAAACUGGCAUUGGGCACAACGGGGUCUGCUGACAACCACACAGAAGCUGACUCUCACAGUUCUCUCAACCAGUCGUCUGAAGCUGACUCAGAAUCUCUACUUGGAGUACCUGACAAUCUGAAUUUACUGUGGGCUUACGCUGUUAUCGGUACCUACAUUUUUGUAGUUUCUGUCUUUUUUUUGGCUCUGUUUUUGAAGAAAAGCUCAAGGCAGGAAAAAAACAAAGCAUCAGCUCAGAGGUCUCGGAGAGCGAAAUAUCACAACGCCCUCCUGUGUCUGCUUUUUCUGUUCUUCUUUUUUUAUGUGGGGGCCGAGGUAACCUAUGGCUCUUACGUUUUCUCGUUCGCGACCACCCACGCCGGCAUGAAGGAGAGUGAAGCAGCUGGGUUGAACUCCAUCUUCUGGGGGACCUUUGCGGCCUGCAGGGGCCUGGCAAUCUUCUUUGCUACGUGUUUACAACCUGGAACCAUGAUUGUGUUAAGCAACAUCGGCAGCCUGGGGUCAUCUUUACUGCUGGUGCUUUUCGACAAGAGCCCAGUUUGUCUCUGGAUAGCAACGUCAGUGUAUGGGGCCUCGAUGGCAACCACAUUUCCCAGUGGUGUUUCUUGGAUUGAGCAAUACACCACUAUCCAUGGGAAAUCUGCAGCUUUUUUUGUAGUUGGUGCUGCCCUGGGAGAAAUGGCUAUUCCUGCGGUAAUUGGAAUUCUUCAAGGAGAAUACCCUGAUUUGCCUGUAGUUUUGUAUACCUCUUUGGGGGCAUCGAUAGCCACUGCUGUUUUAUUUCCUGUGCUCUAUAAACUCGCCACCUCACCUCUCGAUCAACAGCGGAAAGAACACAGAAAAAGCGAGGACCAGAAAGCUUUGCUUUCUAGUUCUGAGCUAAAUGACUACGAGGAAGACAAUGAAGAAGAAGAUGCAGAAAAAUGGAACGAAAUGGAUUUUGAAGUGAUUGAAAUGAAUGAUACAAUGAGGAAUUCCGUAAUAGAGACAUCUAGAAAUAUUCUGACGGAGCCCUUAGCUGAAGUCUCCAGUCACUCCCACUCCAGUGCGGUGGUGUUGGAGUCCUCUCCAGUUAAUACUGGCAAGUCCCCUGUGAAUCACUUGCAAGAAACCAGGCUAAAAGGGACUAACACCUAGAGAAGAUGGAUUAUUUACUGACCUCCUUGAAUAGUCUCCAGUUCUAAAGAAGCCAGUCAGAGCAGAGCCUUAACGGAUUUUCAAAAUGCUUUGGGGAAUCAAAAUUUCUAGCUCAGAGUACGUUUAGCAAAUGCUAAAAAAAGUUUUGGGAGGUUCUGUAAUUCCCAGACUUUUCCAUAAAGAACAAAUGGUCUCAUACAGCAGGAUCUUGUUGUGAGGCUAGUGUUUGGCACGUGGCUGAGUCAGUAAUGUUUUAUGGUCUCCAUCCCUCAGAGCGUGCAAAGAAGGUGUUUGUUGUUGAGAGGUUGGGUGCCAUUCUAAAUAGCGUGUGAAACCGUCUAGCAGUUGAAUCGAUGAGCCGAACAAAUGAUCAGUCAUCAGUAUUCUGCCAGGGAAGUUGACGAGUGUCGUUUCAUAAAAGAGCAACUUUGCAAGUGGACAGGGAUUUUUUUCAUUGCUUUGCCCUCUCUGUAGUAGCGCACCAGAAAACGCUAAUCCUCAUUUGAUUUCUGAUUUCUGAUUUCUAUGAAGAGAACACAGAACGGGACCCGAGAGACCUGGCUUCAAACCUUGACUGCUGCUUCCUACUUAACUGGUCCUGCACUCAGUCACUUAACUUACGCAGGCCUCAUUUAUCUUCUCUCCUGACCUGUGAUUCCAAAAGUGAAACUGAGGUGGUUUUCAAACUAGGAAUCCAUAAGUUUUUUUAUUUAAAGUAUAUGCAAGGGGAAAAAAAAAAAACAAAACGUUUGUGCAAGAUGUCUGUUAGAAAUUAAUGUAAGUGCCAUCCAUUCUUCCUUUCAAAUGAGAAAUGAAGCAAAGUUGAUAGUUUUAAGCAUAGUACCAAUUGUGAAUACGUGUCAGUUUCAGAGACUCCAUGUUUAAUAAUGAUUUGCAAAACACAUUUUUAGUAUUUCAUCCAUUCUAAGAUGCACCUUUUUUUCCACAUUUAUUUUCACAUUUUUUUUAUAUAUAUAUGAAAUUUAUUGACAA